AUUUUAUACAUACAAGUGGGUCUAACUCACAGCUGUGUGCGCGUCUUAUGAACUAAAAUCUCGGCAUUUUAAUUGCCAUACGCGUCUGCUUCUGGCACUCAAGCAACAUAUUUUAAUUAUUUUUUAAAAAUUUUUCUAUUAAUUUAUCUUAAAUUUUUUCCGUCCUCAAAGUUGAGAUCUGUCAAGAUCAUACCCCAAGUGUUAAAUCAUGUCUCAAAACGGUGGUUGGGAGGUAGUUGGCAAAAACAAGAAAGAUAAAGCAGCCGGGGGCAAAAAUGGCAAACUUUCCAAAGCCGAAAAGAAGAAAUUCAUCGAUAAUGCUCCAAGGGUUGAAGAUUUUCUACCACUAGAUCAAGUGAAAACACUGUAUGACAAUUUAGGUGGGAAUAAAGACAAUAAAAAAGUACUCAAAGAAAAAGCUAAUAAAACUAAGGAAAAUGAAGAAAAACAGAAGAAACAAAAACAAAAUCAGCAUUCAGAGAAAAAGAAAGAAGAUUCCCCCAAGAUUUCCCCCAAGCCUCCUAAAGAAAAGCAGCCAAAGACCCUGGAAGAAGCACUUAAGAUGAUUAGUGUGACAGAAAUGCAGACCAUGUUAUCAUCUAAUAAAACUAGUUUCCCUGAUGCACCUCUCCUUUGGCUCAAAAAUCUUGGUGCUUAUCUGAAUUCUAAAAUUACAAUAGAUAAGGAUGACCCAAUGUUUACUGGAAAACCUGAUAAUUAUCCAUUGAAUUUAGUUCCACAAGCUUUGUAUUCCUUGUGUGAAAAAGUUAUUCAAGAUGCAGGUCCAGCUACCGUUAAAUUGUUCUAUGAAUACAUUUUUACAGCAAUAACUAUAGAAAUGGGGAAGGGUGCUCCAGUUGUAGGAUAUAAAAUAUUAAUUCAGCUUUUGGCUAAAUAUGAUCCAAAGCUCAGUGUAUCAAACAUACAGAAACUUAUUAAUAUGCGAAACUCCUAUCAAAAUAGAAAACCUAUUGGAUUGACUCUAUUGUGGUGUUUUAAUCAAGGAGGAAAACAGAAUUUAUCUGUAGGUUUGAAAGUGUGGCAAGAAGUUAUGGCACCAAUGAUGGAGGCCAAAAGUUACUGCAGCAAUGUAAUGAAAAUUUUAACAGAACUUGUAAAAACACAUUUAUCAACUGAAGAAAAUCUUCAAUUUGACUCGUACUUCAGUAUUUAUGAGGCCUUUUUCUCAGGAAAAUAUAAUCUUUCUCAACAAGUUGUUAAAGAAGGGUUUGAAAUUUGUAAAACAUUAAGGGUCAUAUUGUUAAAUAAUAAAACUUUGAAUCAUAAGAAAGUAUUUGAUGCAAUAUUCCCAUUGAUACAAAAACAAACUACAGAUGAAUUAAAAACAGAACUUGUCAACAUUCUUACAUUAUGCCUUGGACAUGAUGAUCGUUGCUUCGCUGCAUGGAAAUCAUUGUACAUGAAAAAUUUAUGUGCCACUGCUUUGCUGUUAUCACACAUUGAAACUAAUUGGAAUAAGUUAACACCUGCUUUGAAUCCUAAAGUAGUGACUGAAGUCAUUGAAACAUUCCUAACGACACAUGAAAAGAGAACUACGAAAGGAAAAGGAAAAGAGGAUAAAUACUUAGCCUUAAGUAUUGGCAACGCAAAGACACUAGCUAGAAAAAUGGCAGAAAAGAAAGCUAAGAAGGGUGGUUUUCGUUGGAAAACUAUUUGCUUAUUACUGCUCCUUUUAAUUGGUGGAUUUGUUGCCUAUGAUUCUCAUAAGUAUGGAUCUUUUGGAGCUACAAGCACUGGAAAAUUUAUGCGAGAAACUGGAAUCUCUGAUUUCGCUGAAAAAAGUUGGAACACAACUAAGGCACUCGUUGAUGAUGGGUUUAAAAAACUAGAAUCAACCUCCCCUGAACAUUACAAAAUGGUGAAAGAUUUCUUCGCGCCCUACGUUAAAUUAACUGGAGACUUUUAUCGUGUAGUUCAGGAUGUUGCUGUUAAACAAUUUGUUAAUAUUGCAACCUAUAUAUCUGACACAAGACCAUUGGUGGCUGCUAAGAUUGAAGAAUAUGCCCCUGGUUUGUUAGAUUCUGUACAGACUGGUGUCUCUAAAGCUAUGAAUGCUAUGAAAAAUGCAUUCAUUUUCAUGGUUGAGCAAAUUAUUGAAAAUACUUCAUUGGCUUUGAGAUACUUGAAAACUAAUGUAUUCGUUGGAAAGCUAAGCCCUGAAAGUUUACAAAACUAUGCUAGUUUAGCUAUCAACAGAACGCACAUUUUUGCAAGUCAAACUUAUGACUGGGUGUACGAGAAAGUGCAAACAUUUUCAAAAGUGAAUUAAAAAGAAAUUGAUAAUCCUUGUUGAAGAAAAAAGAUUCCACUGGCAACAACUUCAUCACAAGAGUGCAUUUAUUAGUUUAAAAAUAGAAGUUUGUUGAUGAAUUUCGGCGGUCAUGUCUUUUUAUUAAGGCCAUUCAACCUGUGAUAAACAAAAAAAGCGUAUCAUUAUUGGGGUUAACAAUAGUAUCUGAAAAAUGUUUAGUUACUUAUCUCUUAGUUUAAUGAUAGCUUAAAAUUACGAAGCUCUUUUGAACUUAAUAAAACCUUAUAAUUAGUAUGACUGUUGCAGGAAUUGUAUAAAAUAGAAACUCUAUGACCUCUUUUUGUAUUGUGAAUGUAUUUUCUUUAUAUAUAAAUUUGAGGAUGUGUAAAAUAAAUAAUUCAUUUUUGUAUAAAAAUUAAAAA